GGUGAGGUGGUGUGAGGAUCGUAUGGUGCAGCAGCAGUGUGGGGUAUAUCUACAAGACCUCGCCGCGCUGCACAGAUCCCGCCCCACAGCUCUCCACCCAACCUGCGACUGUGAGGAAAGAUGUCCGACGCUACCACCACCGCCGCCACCGCCGCGCCGACAACGGGCACCUGCCUCUGCGGCGCGAUCACGCUCACGAUCCCUGCGGCCGCAGUGCCGCUCAAGAGCAUGUCAUGCUACUGCACCCACUGCGCGAAGAACGCGGGCGGGCCGUACCAGACGAACGCGAUGUUCGCUACGACCGACAUCUCCGUUUCCGAUCCGCAGGGGCAGUUGCGGACGUACAGCAUUUUGGACACGUUCUCUGGAAAGCCCAAGGAGAAGGCGUUCUGUGGGACCUGUGGCUGCACUUUCUAUACCCGCCCUGGACACCAUGAGGGGAAGAUGACGGUAGUUAAGACGGGGAUUUUGGAUGCUGGAGCGAUCGCGAGUUUUCAGCCCAAGGUGGAGCUGUACGCGCGAGAUCGGCCGCAGUUUUGUCAGGCGCUGGAAGGGACGAAGCAGUUUGAUACGAUGCCGAUGACCCAUUAGGAGGAGCAAUCGAGAUGGACUAG